AUGUAUGCAAAGAAAUCAGGACAACUCGUCUUCAGGCUGUAUAAUGGGUCUAAGCUCAAAUAUCCGUCAAACGUAGUGAACUCGUUUCUCAUAGAUAUACCGCGGGCUAGUUCCAGCUGCUCACUACACAAACACAGGAAACAGAUUCUGGAACGGCACCCACAGAAUCACGCAGAUUUCCAGAAAAUCCGGUGUAUUAGUCAAAGUGCUCACAUGGCGAACCACAGUACUCUUGACCCAUCUGAGCUGAAGAAAUUUCAGUCUCUCGCCAACAAGUGGUGGGACCUACAGGGAGAGUUCGCCGCUCUCCACUCCAUGAAUGAUCUGAGAGUGCCUUUUAUACGGGAUAAUCUGUUGAACACACACAGCGGACGACAGAUGGGCAAACCACUGGCCGGACUCAGAAUAUUGGACGUCGGCUGCGGUGGCGGCCUCCUCACUGAGCCGCUGGGCAGGCUUGGGGCGGAGGUGUUGGGGAUCGACCCCGUGGAAGACAGCGUCCGUACGGCGGAGCUGCAUGCUUACCGCGACCCGGACCUCCAGGAGCGGGUGAAGUACCGCGCCUGCACUCUCGAGGAGCUCUGCGAGGAGGAGGUGGAGGAGGAGGAUGAGGAGGAGGGGACGGAGGGCUUUCAUGCUGUCGUAGCCUCGGAGGUGGUGGAACAUUUGGCUGACCUGGAAACGUUUGCCAGCUGCUGCUAUCAGGCGUUAAAGCCAGGUGGCUCCCUCUUCAUCACCACCAUUAACAAGACCAACCUGUCAUACGCGCUGGGUAUCGUGGUGGCCGAGCGAGUGCUGCGGAUUGUGCCCAGCGGCACUCACGACUGGGAAAAAUUCGUCAGCCCCGUCGACCUUGAGCGCCUGUUGGAGUCCAUUGGUUUCCGUGUGGAGUCCGUCAGGGGAAUGCUGUAUAACCCUCUGACAGGACGCUGGAGUUGGACCCAGAGCACUGCAAUUAACUAUGCACUCCACGCCGUUAAGCUGAAGGACGAGCCCGACUCUGACCGGGCCCGGGACGAGACGGAGACGGAGACCGGAGAGCAGCAGGGAGCGUCUGCAUCCAAAGCAACGGGACAGAACUGACCGCCUGCGGUUUCCCUAUUUCAUUUACAGAGACUGAACCUUUCCCACAGGUUGAAGAGAACUGAGUGACGCACCAAAGACAGCAGACCACGCUGGUCGAUCCUUUGUCGGCUUGUUGCUUGUAUUUUUAGCGUGUGUGUUGGGGAAAAUGCAUAAUGUUGAGGUUAUGAUCAAUAUUUCUGAAGUACUAUGGAAAGAGUGCUACACCAGGGCUGCCUCUGUGGUUUGAUUUCUUUGAAUUAAGUACUGCAUCUCCUGUGUGAUGUUUGCUGGUUUUGACCUUAAAGACAGGUCACAUUCAGUAAGAACCAGUCACUCACAUUAUCUACGAUGAGAGAAUCACUGACUUUGGUCAGGUAAAUGCAUUAUUUGCAUUGUUUGAAUAAAAUACCGUUCAAUUAAAUGUGUAUUUCAGUUUCACUUAAAAUGAUAAUAAAAACCAAUGUGAUGGGUU